AUGGAGCCUGGAAGCUUUGUUGAUUGGAGGGGAAACACCAUCAAUAAAAACAUGCAUGGCGGAGUCAGAGCAGCAUCGUUUUUGCAUGUUCUGACUGUGGUUACCAACGUGGUUAAAAUCCCAAACCUGCUGAAUCUGGUCACUUACCUCCGUGUAACAAUGCAUAUGGGGGUCUCCCGCUCUGCAACUACGGCCACUAAUUUUUUUGGUGCCACGUCUGGAUUUGGACUGAUAGGAGCUUUCCUCUCUGACUCCUACAUUGCUCGCUCUAGAACUAUGCUCCUCUUUGGUCCAUUUAUGUUUCUGGGAUAUGGAUUGCUCGCACUACAAGCGUACCUUCCCUCACUCCAUCCACCACCUUGCAACAUUGAAGCAGAGCUAAACAACUGUAAAGAGGUCCAUGGAUGGAAUGCUACCUUAUUAUACACAGCCUUGUAUAUGAGUGCAUUUGGUGAUGGUUUUAUUGGUGUUUGCUUGCCAUCCCUCGGAGCAGACCAAUUUGACCAUGAAGAUCCCUCUGAGUCCCGCAAACAGUCCAGCUUCUUUAAUUGGUAUAGCUUUGGAAUCUCCUUUGGCGGGUCUGUAGGGAUUAUUCUCAUAGUGUGGCUCGAGAACUACAAAGGGUGGGAUAUCGGACUUGGGGUGUGUUCAAUCCUAAUUCUGUUUGGAUUGCUCAUUGUUGCUGCUGGUCUCCCUUUCUACCGCAACCAUGUACCAGAAGGAAGCCCUCUAACUCGAAUAUUGCAGGUUCUUGUGGUUGCAUUCAGGAACAGGAAGCUUGAACUUCCCGAGAAACAGGAAGAAGCACAUGAAAGCUGUACUGGGACAAGGACAGGUUCUGCUGGCGCACUCUCUCAAGCAAGUAGUCUGAAAUUCCUCAACAAAGCUUGCAUCAAUCGUGGCAAUAAUGGAGCCUGGUCGGUUCGCAGCGCGACGAAGGUGGAGGAGACCAAGAUUGUGUUGCGUGUGCUCCCUCUGUUCAUCAGCUCCAUGGUUGGUUAUAUAUCGAAUGUUAUCCUCUUCACAUUCACUGUUCAGCAAGGUGGCAUGACGAACACCAGGCUCGGCAAGAUCCAUGUUCCCCCAGCGACACUCUUUAUCAUCCCCAACGCAUUCCAGAUGAUAAUGCUUGCUGUCUAUGACCAGUUCAUUGUGCCAUUCUUGCGUAGACGCACAGGCUAUGUUGGUGGCAUCACUCAUUUGCAACGCAUUGGUAUAGGCUUCGCCUCCAUGUUACUUGCGUCGGUAAUCGCAGCAAUUGUUGAGAGGAAGAGAAAGGAAGCUGUGGUGCAGAUGUCCCUGUUCUGGCUUGCACCUCAGGUUGUCCUGCUUGGCGUGUCAGAUGUGACGUCAUUCACCGGGCUUCUGGAGUUCUUCAAUAGUGAGGCUCCACGUGGCAUGAAGUCUAUUGCCACUGCAUUGUUCUGGUGUGUGCUGGGGGUCGCAUCAUUGAUGGCCACAUUGCUGGUGGAAAUUGUGAACUGGGCUACACGGCAUGGUCACCAGGGAGGCUGGCUCGAGGGUACAAGUUUGGACAACAGCCAUCUUGACCUGUUCUAUUGGGUUGUGGCUAUUGUCGCAUUGCUUGGCUUCUUCAACUACAUGUACUGGGCCAAGAAGUAUGUCUACCAGCACAAUCCACGCAUUGUUGAGAACUCUGCUGAUCGGGAUUCGCUUUGA